CCCGGCCUGGCUGAUCAACACAUCAAUGUCCUUGUCUGACACUUGCAAUGUCUCCACUAGAUCCACCGACUUGGGCAGGGGAUCCUGCACGGACACAUCACAAUGACUGCCUUGGUGCAGAGCGCGGGGACAAAUCAGAUCUCACGCGGCUCUUUGCAACGACUAGCCAGAUCAUCUAUCGUACGUGAGGUGCUCAAUAUGCCACGCAGCAGUGAGUUUAUUCCUCGUCGUCUGCAAUUUCAGACUCCUCCACGACCGGCUAUCAUGUUCAAGGCAUGCCAUUGGAGCGAGUCGAGAUGCCUGUGCCAGAAUCAAUCCAACGCUGGCUUGGCCACGAUCAGCUCGAUGCUGUCCUGACCGAUGGCAAGCUCGUCGGCAUGCACAGAGCGCUCGUCAUGCCUGCAAGCGUGACGAUGGUUGACGACGCGUGCUUGUCUGCCACCGGGCUCUUUCUGAUCUCGGCAGGGCGCAACUUGUGGCUCGGCUCGGCAAAGUGUGCAAGCUCAUGGACUUGUCUCAGCGAAGAAGCCAGCGAGCUGGAGCAGCUUGUCGCUGGCGGCGCGCACUUUCUGCUCCUGAGCCAGUCAGGCGGGCUGUCGGGGAUGGGCGAUAACCGAUUUGGUCAGUUGGGCGUCACGCGACCAGUCCGAGUCGAACGUCCGACGCGAAUCGAGACAGACGAGCUCGAGAUCGUUCAGAUAGCAGCAGGCGAUCUUCACAGCGCAUUUGUAACUCGUCAAGGCGGUCUCUACGUUUUCGGAGACGACACGAAUGGUCAAGUUGGCGGUCUGGGAGGAGGCGAGCCUUGCUUCGUCGACCUGGGCGAGGAUGUCGAUGUGCAGUCUGUUCUGUGUGGAACCACGUAUACCAUCGCUCGCACCACCCAAGGCGCUUUCGUGGCCGGCACUGACGCGCACCACGAGCUCGGGUCGUUCGGUCGGGCGACUUACCCCGCCUUCGUAGCUGUCGACUGACAUAGCCAGCCAAUUGGGCGUUAUGCGCUUCGGCCAACCGUUUUUGCAACUUAGAUAGCAUGUCCGACCCCACGGGGCUUGCACUCAAAGCCUGACGCGUGGCCAGGCACCAGUGGAGCAGCCUCGCAGUUCAUUCUGCACGACCACGCGCGGCAGAACAGAGGCGCACCCCGACAGCUCGCGAGGUCGAUCUCCGCAUGUACGAAGGAUUGGGUCAAGAGACCCCUUCUCGCAGCAGCGCAAAGACUCGACCCCCCUCCUCGAUCCCAAAAGGCAUGUCCGAUCAGUGGGGUCUUGGCAG